GGCUCGUGACCGUCAGCAGCUGCGAGAGUAAGAGCCCAGCCUUGGGCAGGCAGCAUCAGAGAUGCUAGGCUGUGAGCGCAGGAAUGGGGCAGCAAAGCCUUGGCGUCCAACAAGGAUCGUCUACCUGCUAGUGGCGACAGCCUGUCUUCUCCCCGAUGUGUGUGGGUACAAAAGGGGUUCCACCACCUGGACGCAGGAGAAGAACCAACACCAACCAGCUAUUUUGAAUACAAGUGAUAUCCAGAAAAUUGCAGAAGGCACAAAUAUUUCUCAAAUGUGGCAGAAUGACUUAAAACCACUACUUAUAGAGAGAUAUCCAGGAUCACCAGGAAGUUAUGCUGCUCGUCGGCACAUCAUGCAGAGAAUUCACAGACUCCAAGCCAACUGGAACUUAGAAGUGGAUACAUUCUUGAGUUACACACCCUAUGGAUACCGGACUUUUUCAAAUAUCAUCUGCACCCUUGACCCCACUGCCAAACGCCACUUGGUUCUUGCUUGCCACUAUGACUCUAAGUACUUUCCACAGUGGGACAGCGGAAUAUUUGUGGGAGCCACCGAUUCAGCAGUACCCUGUGCAAUGUUGCUGGAGGUAGCCCGGGCCUUAGAUAAUCAACUCCUUUCCCUGAAGAACUCUUCAGCCUCCAGGCCAGAUCUAUCUCUCCAGCUUAUCUUCUUUGAUGGUGAAGAGGCUUUUCUUCACUGGUCUCCUCAGGAUUCCCUCUAUGGCUCUCGGCACUUAGCAGCGAAAAUGGAACAUACUUCACACCCUCCUGGAGCAACAAAUACAAACCAACUGCAUGGCAUUGAUUUGCUUGUAUUACUGGAUUUAAUAGGUGCUCCAAACCCAACCUUUCCUAGUUAUCUUCAAAAUUCUCUUCGGUGGUUUGGAAGACUUCAAGCGAUUGAAAAAAAGCUACAUGAAUUGGGUUUACUUCAGGAUCAUUAUUUGGAGACACAGUAUUUCCAGGGUCAUAUGUACCGAGAACAAAUCCAGGAUGACCAUAUUCCAUUUUUAAGAAGAGGUGUUCCAAUUCUGCAUCUGAUACCGUUCCCUUUCCCUGAUGUCUGGCACACAAUGGAUGACAAUGAAGAAAAUUUGGAUAAGCCAAGUAUCAACAAUCUCAACAAAAUCUUACAAGUCUUCGUGUCUGAAUAUCUUCAUUUGUAAUACGCGCAUUAGGGAAGGAGGAUUUACUACUUUGAACAUGGUGUCAGACAUUUAUGUCCAGUUUUAAAUCCUUACCCCAAGAAAGUUCUAUAUGGGCGAUUCUGAUAGAGACUUAUUUUAUAGAUGGUCUUGAAUGUGUAGUUCCUAAAAUCUACACUCUUUCUGGGUCCUAAAAGAGCCUUAUUCUUUAAUUUCCUCCUAGAGGCAAAGGCAUAAAGCAUUCAAGGGAAUAGCCUUAAACCUUCCCACAUGCCCAACAACUGGAAUAAAUUAGGUGCACAUAUUCAGUUCCAAGGUCUCCAAAAUAAUACUUAAUGAUGAUGUUGUGUGCAAUUUGUAGAGUUAGUUUUGUGAUUUUUCAACACAGUGAAAUUCAUUUCAUUUAAGACAAGGUAGAGAUAUAGUUGAAAGAACUCUAAUUCUCUUUGAGAAAUCAUUGUGGGGUUUUGUUUUUAGUAUGUGUGUGUGUGUGUGUGUGUGUGUGUGUGUGUGUGUGUGCGUGUGUGAAAAUUAAAAUCAGAAUUUAAUCUCGUGUUGUGAUUUUUUUUUAAAAAACCAAGGAAUUAUAUUGUGCAAUUUUAGGCAGUUUUGAUUUUUUUUCUUUUGAUUUAGUUGGGAAAGAUCAUCUAACCUGUUACUUUACAGAUAAGAAAACUGGAGCCCUAAGAAGGGAAGUGACAUGCCCAAGGUCACACAAGUCUAGCCAGUCCAAACCCAAACUCUUUCCCCUAUUGCAUGCUGCCUCUCAAGUAAAGUUUUUAUAGUUACUUUAAAAUGUAUUCAAACUUUUUCCUUCCUUUCUUGUAGGGCAAGAUAAAUUUCUACAGGGGUGUGGGGUGACAGAGGAGAGCGCUGACUGGGGAACAGGGCAACCAGAAUAUACGCCAUCUUGGAGGGGGUGGGAGGGUAGAAAUGGGGAGAAAAUUUGUAAUUCAAACUAUUGUGAAAAUCAAUGCUGAAAACUAAAUAUGUUAAAUAAAUUUUUAAAAAUGCU